AUGCUUCACGACAUAUUUCAGAUCCUUCAAACUCCUAUUGAGGGCCUGAAGAAGGAGCUCAGCGUUGCCGAUCAGACGCCAGCAUGGGCCAAUAAUCAUUCCGAUGUUGAAGCGAUACUGGGCACUGUGCAACUGGCCAAGGAGAAGUAUAACGAUGCUUCCAAAGACCACUCCGGAACAAGAGCAUGGCUCGAGAAGUUCUCAGGCCGUGUCAUGUACUAUGGCAAAGUCUUCGACGCCCUUGCGCAGCAUCAUCCCGAAUAUGUCGCUCUAGCUUGGGGCGCGGUCAAAUUCGUACUCAUGGGUAUCAUCAACCGCGCAACGCUUGUCCAAAAGCUUGCCCAAGCCUUCGUUGCCAUCGGAGACGUGCUCCCCAGAGCUAGCCUCAGCGCCGAACUGUACCAAACAGACUACAUGAAGGAUGCGCUGUCCAGACUGUACGCCUACAUUAUGAUAUUCCUCCACCUGUGCGUCAAGUGGUACAACAGAAGCUCACUCGGUCGACUAUGGUCUGCGAUAAAAUCGCCAUUUGAGCUCGACUACCAGGACCUAGUCGACCAAAUAAAGGUGUCCUCUGCGGCUGUCGAGGAUCUCGCGAACGCGGGAGCGAGAGUGGAGAUCCGUGAUAUUCGAACGAUGCAAGAUAUCUCCCACGCUCGCUUCGUCGAGUUCUACAACAAGCUCAUGGAUCGACAAGCGAAUCUAGAGAACUCGGUAUCGCAACUAAUGCAAGUCGCAACAACCAGUAAGACAAUUACUGAACGGAUUAGUGUCGAUGUUCGCUGUAUUAGCGAGACGACAUACCGGCUUGAGUUCCAUCAUCUUGUUGACUUUCUCGCUCCCAUGAUACCACCUGAGAAGGCUCUACUCAAAGUGCAAUCAUUCAGUCGCCGGGACCCAACCAGAAGUCUACCAUCUGUCGGGGACCUCAAGAUCAAACGGACCUUACACGAUUGGGCAUCAGCUGAUCGGCCCUCCUUGCUUGUAGUGCGAAUGGGUCUUCGUGCGCAGAAGCAAGCUCGAGAUCUAGCAGCCGAUAUAAUCAAAGGCCUAACUUCGAAGAGCCAGUGCGUCUUUUGGAGCUUGUCGCUGCCAUGCCUCUCAGAUAGAGAAGGAGAAACCAUGGCUAGCGUCUUCAAGGCGCUCAUCCACCAGGUUUUGCAGCAGUCUGCCGGACUCUUUGCACAGUUCUCCGAGCAGCUCAAUUUGGUCAAGAUCCGAAGUGCGCAUACAGAUAGCGAGUGGGCUGAUCUUAUCUGCCUGCUGCUUUCAAAGGUUUCACAAGCCUUUCUCGUGUUGGAGACGGAGAGCUUGCAUAAGGCUUAUCGACACGAUCCAGACUGGGUUGACCGCAUGGUGCAGCUUUUGCAAAGGAUAGUUGACAAGACCGCGACCGCGGGCAACCAGCUGAAAGUCCUUUUGAUGGUCUAUGGGAAGCCGGUGACCGGGGUUCAAGGCUCAUCGAAUACCUACGAUAUGACUGUGACUUCCCUAUCACCGCCCAUUCCUGUACCUCCACGAUCACGGCACGUGUCGCAGCGAUCAGGCUUUGCGACAAAGGGGUGGAAGCUCCAAGUUUCAAAGUAA